AUGGUGGUAAAAGCCAUCGGCUGUGCUCUGGUCCUCUUGCCUGUUAUGGUGGCGGCUGUCUGGUACCCUAAAAGUUUGCCAUGUGAGGUCAGUGUGGUAAGCAAUGGCACUGAAGUCAGUGUCAACUGCACUCAGGUGGGGCUUGAAUACAUUCCAUUUGGCAUCCCAAAGAAUACAACCAACUUGACUCUCACCAUUAAUCGUAUCCCUCAUAUUAACAUAAGCUCCUUUGUGGGACUGGAGAACCUCACAGAGAUUGACAUGCGUUGCAACUGUGUCCCAGUGAAAGUAGGCCCAAAGGACCAUGUGUGCAACCAGAGGGUGACCAUUGAAAGUGGAAGCUUUCGACGCUUGAAGAACUUAAAAUCUCUCUAUUUGGAUGGAAACCAGCUAACCAGUAUUCCCAAGCACCUCCCUAAAGGCCUUGUCCUGCUAAGUUUAGAGGUAAAUAAUAUCGCCUCAAUCUCAAAAGAAAACUUGACGGAACUUAGACAUAUAGAGACACUCUAUUUGGGCCAGAAUUGUUACUUUCGAAAUCCCUGCAAUGAAUCGUAUAAGGUUGAUGACGAUGCCUUUUUGCAGAUGGAGAGGAUGACUUUGCUAUCACUAAAAGCAAAUAAUUUAUCCACCAUACCCCAGAGACUGCCGUCCAGUCUUAAGGAACUUUAUCUCUACAACAACAACAUUCACAAGAUAACUGAGGAAGACUUCCAGAAUUUGACCAAUCUGGAGACCCUUGACCUUAGUGGGAACUGUCCAAGGUGUUACAAUGCCCCCUAUCCCUGUGAACCCUGUCCCAAUAAUGCCCCUCUGCAGAUAGAUUACAAAGCCUUCAAGAACCUAAAUAAGCUACAGAUCUUGCGCCUUCACAGUAAUUCUCUCACCAAGGUUCACCCACAGUGGUUUCAGGGCUGCAGCAACCUUAAAGUACUGGACCUCUCAAGCAACUAUUUGGCACAAGAAAUAUCAGUCACUCGUUUUCCAACUUCAUUACCCAAACUUGAGGAGUUGGAUCUGUCUUUUAAUUAUGAGUUACAGAAGUAUCCAGCUUCCCUAAACCUCAAUGAAUCAUUCUCAGGACUAAAAUCCCUUCAGAUCCUCAGAAUCAGGGGUUUAGUGUUCCAACAGCUAACAGAAAAGGACAUUAAUCCACUAGUCUCCCUAGAAAACCUUAGGAUGAUUGAUCUUGGCUUCAAUUUCAUUAAAAUCACUGACCUUAGUAUUCUAGCUAAGCUUAAACAUGUUAAUAUCAUAAUAUUAGACCUCAGUGAAAACCUUUUAACUGAGGUCCCAAAGACACUUUCCAAUCAUGUCUCUCUGAAAGAGUUAAUCCUGUGCAAGAAUCACAUUUCAGAAAUUACCCCACUGUUUUUGGCAAAUAUAACCACGCUCAGAGUGCUUGACCUAAGUUAUAAUGAAAUCCAGCAUAUUGACCAGUCUAGCUUUCCAGAGGAUGCUAUUAAGAAGCUUGAUACUUUAUAUCUAAACAAUAACAAAUUCCUCUGCACCUGCCGUGCCAUUUGGUUUGUCAUGUGGCUCAACCGCACUUCCGUUCACAUACCAAAGCUGGCCACAGAUGUCAAAUGCGCCGCUCCAGGUGAACAAGAAGGCAAAAUGGUGAUCUCUCUGUACCUCCCAGCCUGUCAGGAGAACUCCCUCUCCAUCAUUCUCUACAUCCUCUUGAACUCGCUGACCCUGUGCUUUAUUGCACUCUCGAUCUCCAGUCAUCUCUUCCUUUGGGAUGUUUGGUAUAUCUACCAUUUUGUAUCAGCCAAGUUGAAAGGUUACAAGCGCAUGGAUUCAGACAGCACCUUCUACGAUGCUUUCAUUGUCUAUGACAGGAAGGACAGUGCAGUGUGUGAAUGGGUAAUGCAGGAGUUGCGUGUUCACCUGGAAGAGCAGGGGGAUCCGGCCCUGCAGCUGUGCCUGGAGGAGCGAGACUGGAUCCCAGGGUGGCCCCUCAUUGACAACAUCUCCCAGAGCAUCCAGCAGAGCAGGCGGACAGUGUUCAUUCUCACCAACAGCUACAUGAAGAGCGGUGACUUCAAAACAGCCUUUUACCUGGCUCAUCAAAGGCUCAUGGAUGAGAAAAAUGAUGUCAUUGUUUUAAUUUUCCUGGAAAAGAUUCCCUGUAACUCCAAAUACCUUCGACUUAGAAGAAGGCUGUAUAAGAGGUCAGUGUUGGAAUGGCCACAAAAUCCACAAGCACAACAGUACUUCUGGCACUGUCUUAGAAGUGUCAUGGUUACUGACAGUCAAAAACAUUACAGCACACUUUUCCAGGAAAUCCUUUAA